GUACAUUUAAAUUGGUACACAUUACUCGUACAUUUACAAUAAUUAGAUUCACCAGAAUCCACCAAAUCUGCCACCCCCGUUAUUCCCUUCUCAAAAUCAAAUCGUUGAUGCACCAGAAGAAAGAAGAAUAAAAGUUGAUGGAGAAGGAAUCAAAGAAGGAAGCUUUUAGGAAGUAUUUAGAUUCUAGUGGUGUCCUUGAUGCUUUAACUAAAGUUCUUGUGGCUCUAUAUGAACAGAAUGACAAGCCAUCCUCAGCUGUUGAGUUUGUCCAGCAAAAACUUGGUGGUCCUAGCUUAUCUGAAUUUGAGAAACUACAGGCUGAGAUGUCUGAUUUGCAGAUUAGAUACAACGAGCUCUUGGCAGUUCACCAUGAAAAAUGCAGCCAGCUUGAGAAAUUAAAAAACAUCGACACAUUGGCAUCAUCCAAAGAGAGUGUUGAAGAGGAACUUCCGAAAGAAAGUCUAUGAAGGAAGGUCAGUAAUAUAUGAAAGAAAAAUGAGAUGCUUAAUAACUCUGCAUACCAAAAACUGAUGCAUAUCUUUUUCUAGUUGAUGCGUGUAGAGGCUAUUUUUCUUCUGCUUUGUUCUCUACCUUGUGACAUUCUUUCUGACUUCUAUUCUAAGUUUCUAACCUCAAAUAGUCAAAUGUAUACUUACUGUAAAACAUGUUUAAUAGUAUUGUGUUAUAAUGUUCUUGUUCUUGUUUUU